AUGGUGUUUGAAUACAAAAACUUCUUACUCGAAGAAGCGGCUUUUGGCCUCGAAUUCGCGGGGUUUGACUUCGUGACGGCGACUGGACUACCACUCUACCCUGGCACGUACAGCAAGCAUGAUGGCGAGGUCGAACCAUAUUUCUUUCCAAAUCUCAUUGCAUACACGGCCGGAGAGCCCCAACCUCAAGUCCCUCUCGGCCUCGACUCCAUCCCAGUCUCUCCAAGCGACAUGGAGAUGAACCACGGAGGCACCGCUCGCAAGACCGAAGAUACGUCAGCGAGUGCGAGCACGAGUGCGAAGCCGAACCAUUGCUACUUCCAAUUUUCGGUGCGUACGAAUCCGGAGAGCCCGAACCCGUAG